AUGUUCCGGAGCCUGCUGGUGGCGGCGGCGCAGCGGCCGCAGGGCCCGGCCGGGCCCCCCCGCGCCGCCCCCGGGCCCGGGGCCGCGGCCGAGGCGCUGGAGGCGCAGUUCAGCUGCCCCAUCUGCCUCGAGGUUUUUCACCGCGCCGUCGGCAUCGCGGGCUGCGGGCACACGUUUUGUGGGGAAUGCCUGCAGCCCUGCCUGCAGGUGCCCUCCCCGCUGUGCCCGCUCUGCCGCGUGCCCUUCGAUCCCAAAAAGGUGGAGAAGGCUUCCAGCGUGGAGAAGCAGCUCUCGUCCUACAAGGCUCCCUGCAGAGGCUGCAGCAAGAAGGUGACCCUGGCCAAAAUGCGCUCUCACGUCUCGUCCUGCGCCAAGGUGCAGGAGCAGAUGGCAAACUGCCCCAAGUUUGUUCCUGUUGUCCCCACAUCCCAGCCUAUUCCCAGCAACAUUCCCAACCGCUCCACGUUCGUGUGCCCGUACUGCGGGGCGCGGAACCUGGACCAGCAGGAGCUGGUGAAGCACUGCAUGGAGAACCACCGCAACGACCCCAACAAAGUGGUGUGCCCGGUGUGCUCGGCCAUGCCCUGGGGGGAUCCCAGCUACAAGAGUGCCAACUUCCUGCAGCACCUGCUCCACAGGCACAAGUUCUCCUAUGACACCUUCGUGGAUUACAACAUCGACGAGGAGGCAGCGUUGCAGGCGGCCCUGGCUCUGUCCCUCUCUGAGAACUGAGGCUGAUCCCUCUCCCUGCCCUGGCUCCUUCUGGACACUCCAGGAACCCUCCGGAGCCCCACUCUGUUCCCACUGCAAUUCCCACCUUGUUUAAGAAGGUGGAGCCUCUUCAGUUGUCACAGUGAGUGAGCAGAGAGCGCUGGAGCAGGGCUGGGAUCAAUCCUUGGAUUGGCAUUCAAUAUCCGUGUUGGGAGCAUAGCCCUGUGUCCAGAUCUAUUUAUUGUUAGAUGCUCUUCGGCACACUCGUCCCUGCUCUCUGUUGCAGCAGAAUAGGAACCUGAAAAUGACAGACUGGAUGCCCAACACCCUCAUUUGGGACUGGAAUCAGCCACAUCCUUUUAAAAAGGAGGAAGGCAGCACGGAGCAUCUUUUUUUUAAACUCUCCAAGGAUUUUUCUAGAGAUGUCAGGCUGUCCUGACCCCCGUGCUGGAGGCUGGAGCUGCCUCCUUCACCUGGAUCCCAGGAUGAGACUGAGCAGUGGUUCAGAGGAGCCCUCGAGGAUGGCAUCCAGCAUCCAGGGAAACCUCUCCUUCCUCGUUUUCUACCGGCUCUUGGGACACCAAACCCUUGCCUUUUUCUACACGAAGCGAAGCCUUUUCCACGUUUUCUAGAGCGGGGUCAGAAGCUGUUCCCCUUCACUCUGCAAUAUCUGCCACCUGGGACAAGAGUAUUUUUAUGGAACACGAUGAAGAAAGUUUAUUUUUUACACAGAUAACCCAAACCAAUGAACACGUGGAUUUGGGAACGGGGCAGGAGGCAGGAGCUGGAUCCCGGAGCGGCGCGUCGGACUCUGAGGUGGGGGAAGUGCAGGGAUCUUUCUGGGCCUUUCCUGGAUCUUUCUGGGCCUUUCCUGGAUCUUUCUGGGCCUUUCCUGGAUCUUUCUGGGCCUUUCCCUUCCCUCAGCAGAAUUCCUCUGCCUGUGAGGGAGCGGGCAGGAUGGCUGGGUUGGAUCCAGGUGCUGGUUGCCCGUGGAAUUGCUGUCCAUGCAGGAUCCCAGCCCCGAGCUCCUGCUCCCCCCAGAAAUCAGGGAUUGCAUCUCCCCGUGGUAAUCCCUCCCUGGGAACGGGAUCCAAGGUGCUCCACAGCAUCCUGGUGACCCCUUCCCCCUGCCCCUUCCUCUCAGCCCUGCCUGUUGCUGCUGGAGUUGGCUCUGCAGGGCUGGGAGAGGCUGGGGGGGAGAUGGCACCAGGCACGGGGUGAGCCCUGAGGGAGGGGGUGAUUCCUGAGAGCCUUCCUGCAGGGAUUUGCAGGGAAAGGGUGGGAGAGGCCCCCUCUGCGUCUCCCUGCUCGGAGAAUUCCUGAGCUUUAUCCAAAACCUGGCUCCAGCUCUGCUCUAGCAAUACUGGCUUGGGGUUUAUUUUGGUUUUCCUAGUCCUGGAUGAUUUUGGGAUCGUGCAGGGAGCCCUCAGCUCCCCUGGCAGGGCAGGGAAAGGGCUGGAGCUGCCCCGCUCCCCUUUCUGGAGCCAGGCCAGCCAGGAGAGGUGGGAUCUUCCCUUACGUGCCCAGCAUUGCUGGCACCUGGGGAUGUCCCUGGUGGGAUGGAGAGCACUGGCAUCUUCCAGGAGGGACCUGGGAGUGUUUCCCUGUCCUGUGCUCAGCUGGGACCCUCAGCUGCUGGAGCGGCCUCCCUGAGAGCUCCGUGCUGUUGGGCCAGCACUGUUAACCUCGGGCUCCUUCCCUGCCCUCCUCCUUUUCCUCCUCCUUUUUGCCCCACAGAGACAGAGCAGGGGCAGCAAGAGCUGCUUUUGUAAAGCACUUUAAGGCCCUGGCUGUGAGGGGCCACACCAGGCUGUGCCAGGGAUCCCUCUCUGUGCCAGGGAUCUCUCUGUGCCAGGGAUCUCUCUGUGCUGGAAUCUCUCUGUGCCAGGGAUCUCUCUGUGCAGGGAUCUCUCUUGCCAGGGAUCUCUCUGUGCCAGGGAUCCCUCUCUGUGCCAGGGAUCCCUCUCUGCCAGGGAUCUCUCUGUGCCAGUGAUCAUCUCUGUGCCAGGGAUCUCUCUGUGCCAGGAUCCACAGAUCCCAGUGGCCGUGCCCACCAGUGCAUCGCCCACCACUUUUUUUGCAUAAUUAGAACUUUUAACGAGCCGUCCUGUUUUUUGAAGAGGAAUUAACUCGAUGACGUAUUUGUAGCAAACCAUUUUUCUCAAUAAAGGCAAUUUCAUCCA